AUGUUUUUCUCCCGCCAGCGUGUAAUCUUUGUGGCUUUUGCAGUGGCUCUGCUGGGAGUGGUUGGUGCUUCUCUGUCCAGGACCUAUUUGCCACCUCAAGUGCAGCAUCAGGUGAUCCAGGUCCCGAGGGUUCAGCAGCAGAUUAUCCACCGCCCGGUGGUUCAGCCACAGAACACCUACUUGCCACCCGCCCCCAGGGUGGUGCCCCAGGUGAUCCCCGUGCAUCGACCUGCCCCACAACUGGUGACCAUUGCUCGUCCUGCCCCACAUGUGGUUCCACAUAACACCUACCUGCCACCCCAAGUGAUCUCCCGUCCUGUUGCACAGGUGAUCUCCGUGGCUGCCCCACGUAAUACAUACCUACCACCCCGUAACACCUAUCUGCCACCCCAGUAA